GAGAGGACAUCCUAACCAACUCCACCCUCUCCUACACGGCGCUCCUAGUUUGAAGAGAUUAUUGCAGAGUAAAUUCCAUCCUUUCUCCUCCUCUCUCAGCUGGCAACAUGUCUGCGGCAGUUUCUGCUGCCCAGGAUGAGCUCAGCCACCUGAUCAGGAAGAGGAAGUAGAUGAGGCCUUCUACAGACAGCUGGAAGUAGCCUCACGAUCACAGGCCCUGGUUCUCAUGGGGGACUUGAACCACCCCGAUAUCUGCUGGAAAGAAAACACAGCUAGGCACAAACAGUCCGGGAGGUUCCUGCAGAGCAUUGAUGAUAACUUUUGGACACAGGUGAUGGAGGAGCCAAUGAGGAGAGAUCAACUUGAACGCGUGUUCUUGCACCUUGGCCAUGCAGAAACAGAUGAACAGUUACAGAAUGUUAUCUCCAAAUUCCUACCCCCUGUUCUCCUCAAGCUAUCCAGCACACAGGAAGGAGUUCGUAAAAAGGUCAUGGAGCUGUUGGUUCACCUGAAUAAGCACAUCAGAAGUUGUCCAAUAAUUCAGCUUCCAGUAGAGACUUUACUAGUUCAAUAUCAAGAUCCUGCUGCGGUGUCUUUUGUCACUAAUUUUACCAUAAUUUAUGUUAAGAUGGGAUACCCUCGUUUGCCUGUGGAAAAACAAUGUGAAUUGGCACCAACUCUUCUCACUGCGAUGGAAGGGAAACCUCAACUACAGCAAGAUAGCCUAAUGCAUCUUCUAAUACCAACCCUUUUUCACAUGAAAUAUCCUAUUGAACCACUGAAACCAUUUAAUCUUGCUGAAAAACCAAAGGCUGUACAGCUGCUCUUGGAUUUUAUGUUGGAUGUCCUUCUUAUGCCUUAUGGAUAUGUAUUGAAUGAAUCCCAGAAUCGACAAAAUGUGCCCUUGCCACAGGGCUCUUCAACAAAUCGCACAGGAGGUUCUAGAAUCCAUCAGCCUCCUCCAGGGAUGAGCUUUUAUGCAGCCAAACGGGUAAUUGGAGAUAGCUCAUGGACACCAGAACAGCUGGAACAGUGUAAAUCGGGGAUAGUGAAGUUCAUUGAAGCUGAGCAGGUGCCAGAGCUUGAAGCUGUUAUACAUCUGGUUGUAGCCUCCAGUGACACACGACACAGUGUUGCAACUGCAGCAGAUCUUGAACUGAAGAGCAAACAAAGCUUAAUUGACUGGAAUAAUGCUACUAUCAUCAACAAAAUGUAUAAAGUGUACCUUGGGGAUAUACCACUGAAAAUUAAGGAGGGAACUGUUCUGAAACCAGAACUGAAACGAGAACCUGUCAGCACCCGUGUUAAAUUAAAGAUUGUUCCUCAUCUUCUGCGGUCCAGACAAGCUGCAGAAACAUUCCCAGCUAACAUUCAGGUGGUUUAUGAUGGGCUCUUUGGUGCAAAUACAAAUGCAAAACUCAGAAUUCUGUCCCUGCAGUUCGUGCAUCAUAUUUGUGUCAUUUGUCCAGAAAGUAAAAUAAAGCCCUUAGGCCCGAUGCUUUUAAAUGGACUUACAAAGCUGAUCGAUGAAUACAAAGAGGAUCCCAAACUGUUGUCAAUGGCGUAUUCAGCAGUUGGAAAACUCUCCGGCCGAAUGCCUCAGCUCUUUGCCAAGGAUAUAGCUCUGGUACAGCAGUUUUUUGAAGCCUUAUGUAAGGAAGAGGCUGAUACCAGGCUCGCUAUUCAGGAGGCCUUGUCUAUGAUGGUUGGAGCAUAUAGCAGCUUGGAAGGAGCCCAGCAUACUCUGAUGGAAGCUCUUGUGGCUUCAUACCUAAUAAAGUCUGAAGUCCAAGUACGUCAGGUGGCCGUGAAGUAUGCCAGCACAGUAUUCCCUCCAGAUCACAUCCCUUCCAGAUACUUACUACUGUUAGCUGCAGGAGAUCCGCGGGAGGAGGUACAUAGAGAAGCCCAGCGGGUGCUGAGAAUGUUUCCUGGUAAAAGUGAAAAGGAGAGUGCUAGGAAUCAGAUGCCUUCCUUCCCUGAAAUGGUCCAUUACAUUCAAGACAAGGCCUCUCAUCGAAUGAAAACGCCAGCUAAAUACAUGACUGGAACUGCAGCCUUGCCUUUCAAUCCUGCCACAUUUGGAGAGAUAGUCCUGUACCUGCGGAUGUGCCUUGCUCACAGUGCAGGUGUGGUACCAACUUUGCAGAGCUUGGCAGACAUGCAAGAUCAUGCUCCAGCCAUUGGACGUUACAUAAGAAACCUCAUGUCUGGCAACCAUGUAUCUUCCUCUUCCUUCUCCUCCUCUUCAAAAAGUGUAGAAACCAACCCUGUACAGAUAUAUAUUGGCCUUCUUCAGCAGCUGUUAUCUGGUGUUGGAGGUUUGCCAGUCAUGUAUUGUCUUCUAGAAGUUGUUUCAGUGUAUCCAGAAAAGCUAGCUGCCAGAUUUGUUGACAAAAUAGAUUGGAUAAAGAGUCUGAUGAACACGAACAAAGAAGAAAUGCGUGAGCUUGCAGCCCUGUUUUAUUCUGUAGUGUUGUCUACAGUGUCUGGAGAUGAACUUAAGGCCUCUGUACAGCAGCUGAUCAAGAUGACAAAAGACAAUCAUAGCCCGGAGGUCCAACACAGCUCCUUGUUGGCUUUGGGAUUCACAGUAGGAAGGUACUUAGCCAAAAGGAAAAUCAGAGCAACGGAACUACGUGACAUAGAACAGCCAAACACUGCAGUCGUGCUGGAACAAGAACAGCUUGUAAAGUCAACGACAGAGACGAUAGGGUUUUUUUUGGACAGCACCUCUCCUCUCCUCGUGGUGGCUGCUUGCACAGCUCUGGGGGAGAUUGGCAGGAAUAGCCCCUUGCCAAUCCCCAGUGAAGGCACAGGAUUUACAAAGCUCCAACUUGUUGAAAGUUUAUUGGCCCGAAUCCCUUCUAGCAAGGAAACAAAUAAGAUGAAAGAACAAGCAAUACAAACAUUAAGUUACUUUCCAGUGGGAGAUGGAGAUUUCCCCCACCAGAAACUACUGUUGCAAGGACUAAUGGAUUCUGUGGAGGCCAAACAAAUAGAACUCCAGUUCACCGUUGGUGAAGCCAUUACCAGUGCUGCCAUAGGAACUAGCUCGGUGGCUGCCCGUGAUGCAUGGGCAGUCACAGAGGAGGAAUAUACCUCUCCUGCAGAUGCGAAAGUGAAUGACGUGGUCCCCUGGGUUCUAGACCUCAUUUUGAACAAACACAUUGUCAGCCCCAACCCAUGCAUCAGGCAAGCAGCCUGCAUCUGGCUUCUGUCAAUGGUGAAGAAGCUGAGCACACAUGAAGAAGUUAAGUCUCACCUCAAGGAUAUUCAAGGUGCAUUUGUUUCAUUUCUGUCAGAUAGUGAUGAGCUUAGUCAAGACAUUGCUUCAAAAGGUCUUGGGCUGGUGUAUGAACUAGGAAACGAACAGGAUCAGCAAGAGCUAGUCACCAUGCUCAUUGAUACUCUUAUGACUGGGAAAAGAGCUAAACGUGAGGUGACUGGAGAAACUAUGGUGUUUCAGGGAGGCCUGAGCAAAACCCCAGAUGGUCAAGGUUUCUCUACUUACAAGGAACUUUGUUCGCUGGCUAGUGACCUCAGCCAGCCAGACCUGGUGUAUAAAUUCAUGAAUCUAGCCAACCACCAUGCCAUUUGGAACUCACGGAAGGGAGCAGCUUUUGGUUUCAGUGUGAUAGCUACCAAAGCUGGAGAGCAGCUGGCUCCAUUUUUGCCCCAGCUUCUCCCCCGGCUCUACUGUUACCGGUUUGACCCCAACCUGGGCAUUCGACAGGCAAUGACCAGCAUUUGGAACGCCUUGGUCACUGACAAAUCUAUGGUUGAUAAGCAUGUGAAGGAAAUUCUUGGAGAUCUGAUCAGCAACCUAACCAGCAGUCUGUGGAGGCUCAGGGAAUCCAGCUGUCUAGCACUGAAUGACUUACUAAGAGGAAGACCUUUGGAUGACAUUAUAGACAAGCUUUCAGUGAUCUGGGAAAUCCUGUUUAGCAUGCAAGAUGACAUUAAGGAGUCUGUGCGAAAGGCAGCAGAGUUGGCCCUAAAAACUUUAAGCAAGGUCUGUGUGAAAAUGUGUGAUCCCUCUAAAGGGGUAGCAUGCCAGAAGACUAUAGCUGUAUUGCUGCCUUGCCUCCUAGACAAAGGAAUAGUGAGCACAGUCACUGAAGUCCAGGCUCUCAGCAUUAACACUCUUGCGAAGAUCAGUAAAAGUGCUGGGGCUAUGCUGAAACCUCAUGCGCCAAAACUCAUCACAGCCCUUCUGGAGUCCUUGAAUGUGCUGGAGCCCCAAAUCCUCAAUUAUUUGAGUGUCUGUGCUACAGAUCAGGAGAAAACUGCAGUGGAUGGUGCCAGAGUUAGUGCUGCAAAAUCAUCUCCCAUGAUGGAAACAAUUAAUGUGUGCUUGCAGUAUUUGGAUGCAUCUGUCCUGGGUGAGCUGGUUCCUCGGCUCUGUGAACUGAUCAAAAGUGGAGUAGGUUUUGGCACAAAGGGAGGCUGUGCCAGUGUAAUUGUGUCAUUGACCACACAGUGUCCCCAGGAUUUAACACCUUAUUCGGGCAAAUUCAUGAGUGCUUUACUCAGCAACUUGACUGAUUGUGACAGCGUGGUACAGAAGUCUAUUGCCUUUGCUAUGGGGCAUCUAGUACAGACCUUCCAGGACAGUAGCACUGAGAAGUUACUGCAGAAACUUAGGGGUUGGUACAUGGAGAAGGAUGAGACAGUUUACAGAACAGGCUGUGCUUUAACUGUUCAUGCCAUGGGACGUUACAGCCCAGAUGUAAUGAAGAACCAUGCCAAACAGGUCAUGCCAGUGGCAUUUCUUGGCAUGCAUGAGGUCCUGGAUGAAGAGAAAGGAGAGAACGACAAUUCUACUCUGUGGACUGAAGUCUGGAAGGAAAAUGUACCUGGUACUUAUGGUGGCAUCAGACUGUAUAUGCAGGAGUUGAUAGCCAUUACCCAGAAGGCAUUGCAAUCCCAGUCUUGGAAGAUGAAAGCCCAGGGAGCAGCUGCCAUGGCAUCAAUUGCCAAACAGACUGGAUCCUUGGUACCACCAUAUCUAGGAAUGGUACUCUCUGCAUUGUUGCAAGGCCUGCCAGGAAGAGUGUGGACUGGAAAGGAGGAGCUGCUGAAGGCCAUUGCCAGUGUCAUCUCUGCAUGCAGUGCAGAGCUGCAGAAGUCUGUGCCUGGCCAGCCCAGUGUCGAUGAGGUUGUUCAGGCUGUCCUGAAAGAGUGUCACAAAGAGAAUGUCAAAUACAAGAUUGUGGCAGUGCGCUGUGUGGCUGGGGUGCUACAGGAGAUGAAGGAAGAUCGGUUCCAGGAGCUGGCAGAUAUCGUCUUUCCUAUGAUAAAGAAGCCUCUGCAGAACUUUCAUGAGAGCAUGGGUGCUGGUUCACCAAAGCACAACAAAGAGGAUGAGAAUGAGAGGGAGAAGGAAGUGCAGAUGGAAUCCCUGCUCUGUGCCUUCGAGAGCUUGGGCAAAGCCUGGCCUAGGAACCCAGAGACACAGCGCUGCUAUCAGCAAGAGUUGUGCAAGUUAAUGUGUGAUCAUCUGAAACUUAGUACAUGGAAAGUGCAGCUCGGAGUGCUACAGGCCAUGAAUGCCUACUUUCAAGGGUUAAUGCUGUUCAAUGAGGAGAAUUCAGACCCUGGGGCUUUGACAGAAAUACUGUUGGAAACCUGUUCAUCUAUCACCCAUUCUUUAGAAAAGAAAAGCUACACAUCCAUAAGAACAGAAGCUUUGUCUGUGAUAGAACUACUGCUCACCAAACUGAAAGAAACUAAACAAUGGGAAAGCCUUACACUGGAAAGCAGAGCACUCCUCAUUGGUUCAUUAACUACGGUGACAUCAGAUAGCAAACCCGAGUUACAAGAGAAAGCAUCUUCAUUGAAGAAAACACUUGAAAAUCUUGACUAAAUUGUAAAGCACAAACUACAAGGUGUCAUGUAAAACAAACAAAAAAGUGCAGUGAUGUGAAAAUCAAGUAGGAAAAUGAGAAUUACUCUGUAGCAUGCGUCAUUCAUUGGUUAAAAGAAAAAAUGCCUUAAAUUUUGUUCCUUUAAUGUUAUUUUUACUCUUUUAAGCUGCCAGUUAGUUGUUAUUGUAUUAGUAAAUACCUAUAAUGAUAUGCCCUAUAAGGCUUGUAAGCAUGCAACAUAAAAAAGUGUUAAGGGCAAGAUACAUUUAAUUUUUCUUUCUUUUAAUAGGCAAAAGAACGUUAUUUAAUUUUUUCCAGAUCAUCUUUGUCCCUUGAAGGAAUUGUUGAAAAACCACCAGCACUGGAAAAUGAAAUGUAUAUUUUCAUGUCACUGUAUCUUGUGUGUAGAGAUCUAAUACUUGCUGUCUAAACAGUGAUUCUUUGGGUCUCUAUAGGAGAACUAGUAUUUGUUAUCUGCAAGGAAUGAAAUGCUGCCUCUGCUAAAGUCUGCACUGGAAAACAACUCCUACACUUCCCAGGGGCAGGAUUUCAUCCAACAAUUCUCCCUCUGCUUCUCCUGUCUGCUCCUCCCUUGCAGCCUGUUUUCUGUCAGUUGUGAAAGGUAGAGUAAUUAACUUUCUUUCCUCCAUCUCUGAACUCAGAAUGGACUGACUGAGACUAUGCCUUCCUCAGCUAACAACCCCUGCUUCCCCAAUUUUAAAGAAGAACCUUUUUCCUCAAAGGAUGCAUGAGAAAGUACUUAACUGAGCUGUGUGGGGAUGAAGUAGUUUGGGUCUAGUUAUAACAAGCCAAGGUGGAAGACUGCUCUUCUCAAAAUUGUUUUUACAUGGACACUCCUCAACUGCAGCAAAAACAAGAUAAAUUAAAACAAUCUUUUUUAGGCAUGUUUUUGAAGAGUGUUCAGAGUUUGCAAUGACACAUUUUUAUAGUAGUAAUCUUUUUUUCCCUUUGUGUUCGUAAGCCUGUUCUUGCUUUGGAAAGCUGUAAUGAUUUAGAUCUGUCAAUGUCUGUAACAAACUGAAUCAUCUGUCAUUUCUCAGAAGCCUAUCUCACACUGGUUUCUAGCAAAUACUCUUUAAUUUACAUUUAAGAAGAAAGACCAUAUCUGCAUUAACCCGGAGUAAAAAAUUCUAUUUGAUGAAACGACCAUGCUGCCUUGUCCCCCUUUUCCUCUUUACAGACAGGCAUAAAUCUGGCCACAAUGACAACAGGCUUUUAGCAGUGUAAAGUGACCACUGUACCUUGAUCAGACCAGUAUGUGUACAGCUUCUCAGAGGUGAAUGCUUUGCUGAUAGUGAAAUAAAAUCAUUAGUGUUGGCAAUAUCAUG